AACAAGAAAGACAUAGUUUUAAUUUAUUUUCACCCAAAACUAAAGUCAUAUAAUUUAAACAUUUGUGUCAGAACAACUGUUCAGGCUGAAACACUUCAGUUUCUUUUUCCUUUUUCACUCAGAUUCAGAUUUUUUUUUCUCCACCUAAUCUCUGUUCUCUGAUCUGUUUUAUUAGGAACAAAAACCAGAUGAAGCAGAAUGGACACAGGUCGACAAGUUGUCUUUAUUCAGAAACAAUAAAACACUGGCAACACAUCUCUCUUUAGAUUACAGAUUAGGACACAGGACAGUGUGCACAGUGCUCCGAUCAGACUUUAACAGAUGAAGGCUGUCACAGACCGUCGUCUCCUCUGAGCUUCAUCAUGACUUGUUUGUGACCGAGUCUGUUGAAAUGUCCUGCAGCGUCGUGUGGGGCAAUCUGUGGUCCCAGGACUGCAACAUCUCCACAGAGUGAAGAAAGACUGUGUUUCACCUAAUCUCUUCCACGUUACUCAACACACCAAUUUGAACUCCCCCACAGCCCCACAGCCCUUCCGACUGAAUCCCCCCACAGCCCCACAGCCUGCUGGACUGAGGCUCUCACAGCUGCGGCACUCACAGAUCCAAACAGAAUAGAACCAAACAGCAGAAACAUUCACUUUAUUCCUCUGUUUCAUCACUUCCACUCUCAGACAUGUUCACAGCUCUGAGAUCAGAGCUUCAAGUUCCCACCACACAGUUUAAAUCAUAAUCAAUAAGUCAGAGCCCUGCAGUGACAGAUGCUCUGUGUCAGGAGACAGGUCAUCUGUCAGGUCAGGGUGUAGAUGGACGUGGCAGCCAUCAUUGGACAGUUAAAAUAAAACAAGUCUCAGUCUCAGUCGUCCUCUGUGACUCAGUGUCAAACCAUGACCAAACUGCUGCCUCCAUGAGGACAGACUGUGUAGCUCAGCUGAAACCAGUGGAGAUCAUGAUAGCAGGUGAAGCAGCUGCUACAGUUUCCUCUGUGACAAGCACAUUGUCCUGUAACAAGACUGGAAACCUUAAAUAGCCAGAAUCUGUUUCUUUUUCCUGCUCAUUCAACUCAACUUGAUUUAUUAUUAUUUCACUGAAGCAAACCAGUUUUAGUUUCCCUCUUCAGGACCAGAGAGGAUAAACUGGCUCAUGUUGAUCUGCAGUGAAGGUGAAUUUGCUUCUCAGUGAAUCUGUUAGACUCAGUUGCAGCAGAUUAAUAAAAAUAUCUAAUAUAAACUGUGUGAAACAUUUAUCUCCUUUCUUAUCUCGUUGAUACUGAUGAUGAAAACCAGCCUGUACCGUGGAGUUGCAGAGACCUGGACCUGUCCCUGGUCUGAUUUAUGGCUCCACCAUACGGCAGAUGUAGUCCUCCUGUAGCAGACGGCACACUAAGGACAGAGGUCUCACUCUGACACGGAUCCUGUCAACCACCAGGUUGUUGUUUGUUGUUGAUGUUUUACCCUUUCUCUAAGUGUGAAAACUCAUUACUGUAAUAAAACCAAACAUUUACUGUACAUUGUAUUUUUCAGAAACACUGGUUCUGUCUUCUGUUCAGUCUGAAACAGGCUCAAAGCAAAGAGGUUUAAAAGUCACAGUGUUCACACUGCUUCUUUUAUGCAGACUUUAUUUAACUGUAGCAAAAAUAAAUUAUAUAAAUGACAAAAAUGUGUAAAACUUAAAUAUGAAGCAUCAACAGAUCAGAGAGGCAUUAUCAAAGUUAUCUGUUCAAAUAGCAUGAACAAAUCUGAUCACAGUGAGAGACUGAAUAAUCAAUUAGACUGAUCGCUGAUAGGCCUCAAACUAAUUAUUAUUCUUAUUAUAAAUUAAUACACACUGUCUAUUUUUUAAAAGUAAUUAAUUCUCUGAUCUGAAUGUCAAACAAUAAUAAAAACUGUUAAAGUUUCUAAUAGUCGUUUCUGCCAAACCAACAUUUCACAGUCAGACAAAACAAAUAAAAACAAAUGGUUUCAUCGCUUAUCUUUAAAAACCAUCAUAUCCAAUGGUAUGUAGUCUGGACGGCCAUGAAUUGUGUGGAGGUGUUUGAUCGGUGUAAUCAAGUGAUCGGCCCCUGUAACUCCAGCCUGUGUAGUGAGUACAGAGUGAUGAAUCGUCUUUAUAAACGAUCUUUGUCCGCAGUGAGCCGAGGGGACGUCGCUCUGACGGAUUUAGCCGGGUUUUGUCGAGGUGUUCCGGAGCCUCUCGCCCCUUUAAACAGCCUUCUCCUGGUGCAGUUUUCCAGCCGCUCUUUGUCCUCCGCCGGCGGAGCCACGGCGCGUUUUCCUUUGAGGUAAAGUCGGACACGGUGUGAUGACCGAGGGUAAUGUCGGCGGGCGGAGACGGUAGCAGAGGGUAGGACAGCGGCGUCGCAUCCACCGGCGGACAUCCUCACAUCUCCAGGCAGCGGAGGGUUCACCGUGCUCGAGACUAACGACGGUCCGGUGUCCAUUUGUUGUGUUUGUCAAAGACUACGACACUUCUCCGGAACGGACAUGUCGGUAACGGACGGAGGCGCGGAGGAGACGCGGUGACUGCGGAGAAGAGUGUCCGCUGAGCCUCCCCCCUCAGCCCGCAAUGUUUGGACGUGUGCACAAGGCGACGUUACACAUUUAAUCACGUUUGAACGGAGUAAGUAACGGAGUACUUGUAACGACAGCCGUGUCUGAGCGGUCUGGCGGAGCAAGUGUGAUCGGCUGGCCCAGCUGCGUUAGUUCCUCCCGGUAUAUUACCGCGUUGUUCCAUUCACACCACCUCUGUUGUUCGGUUCCUCCACUGAGGCCAGCCGGCCCCCGAGCCCUCCCCCAUCUCCCCCCUCACUCACCUCCACCUCCAACCCCCCGAUGAUGACAUCCCCAGACUCACCCCCAGUGGUGUCCCCCUCCCCAUGCCCUGCUCCCCCUCCAUCCCUCCCCUCCUCCCCUGUGCCCUCCUCCCCGGCCCCGUCCUCCUCCUCCCUCCCCGCCCCUCCCUCACUGCCUCCCACAGGGGAGGUGAUGGUGCUGGCUCUGGGCAGGAAGAAGCAGCGGGUGCUGAUCGCUCUCUCCAUCCUGCCCAACCUGUUCCUGGCCUUCCUGCUCUCCUCAGACCCCCUCAUCACCCUGUCCCCGCCCCACCAUUGCCACCUGCCAGGGCCCCUGCUGUCCCUAGAGGCAUUGAACACCUCCCUCCCCUGGGAGAAGAGGGAGAGGCUGGGGGAGGGCGGGGGCCCGUCCCAGUGUAAGCAAUACGUGAACGGGAGCCAGACGGCUGUGGUGGACUGUGAGUCUGGCUGGGACUACAACGUUACUGAGGGGCUGAGGAACAACAUCGUCACUGAGUGGGAUCUGGUGUGUGGUCAGUAUUGGCUGGUCCCAGUGGAGGAGGUGUGUUUCAUCCUGGGUGUCCUGACUGGCUGUCUGGGUCUGGGCUAUGCUGCAGACAGGCUGGGCAGGUCUAAGGCUCUGCUGACCUCCCUGACCCUGACGGUGGUGUUUGGGGUGCUGGUGUGCGUCUCUCCGUACCCCUCCAUCUUCAUUGUCAUGCGUUUCUGUCUGGCUGCAGCCAGUGCUGGAGUCUACCUCACCCUGUACAUCACCCGUCUGGAGCUGUGUGAACCCUCUCUGAGGCUCCUGGUCACCAUGUUGGCUGGCCUGAUGACCGUGGCUGGAGAGCUGCUGCUGCUGGCCGUGGCUCUGGGCUGUCAGUCCUGGAGGGGCCUGCUUGGAGCCGGGGCUGCCCCGCUGACCCUGUUCCUCAGCUACGGGAUUCCCGGGGUGUUUCCAGAGUCCCCUCGCUGGCUCCUUCUGUCAGAGCGAUCUGCAGACAUGAACUCAUUCAGCGAGAGAAGAAACUCCAACAGAGACGUGAGGGAUGACGAGAGCUUCACAGAGCUGGACUCAGAGUCGGCCCUAUUCUCACACCCCCACCUGUCCUUCCCCGAGCUCUUCCACAGCAGGAACAUCUGGAAGAACAUGUGUGUGCUGGGCUUCACUUCAUUCAUCUCUCACGGUAUCAGUCACUGCUACAGCUCCUUCAGAGGUGACGUCAGAGGCACUGCCCCCAGCUUCUAUUGGAUGUACCUGCUGUCUGUGUGUGCAGGGGGUGGGGCCUGGCUGCUGCUCUGGGUGACUGUGGACAGGUGCGGUCGCCGUGGCAUCCUGCUCCUCUCCAUGACGAUGACGGGGCUUGCCUCUCUGAUCCUCCUGGGACUCAUGGAGUAUCUCAGUGAAACGGCCAUCACAGUUUUCUCUGUGCUGGGUCUGUUCUCCUCUCAGGCCACUGCCUCCCUCUGCAUCCUCUUCACUGCAGAGAUCAUGCCCACCAUCAUCAGGGGCAGUGGUGUGGGUGCCGUCCUCGCCCUGGGCUGUGUAGGCCGCCUCAGCUCGCCACUCAUGGACCUCAGGAACCACUAUGGCUACUUCCUGCACCAUGUGGUCUACUCAUCCCUGGCCCUGCUGGCCGUGCUGUCCAUUCUGCUGCUGCCCGAGAGCAAGAGGAAGCCCCUGCCGCAGACACUGGCCGACGGCGAGCAGUACAGACGCCCCCCACUGGGCAGGAGGAGGAGGGACAAUGUGCCGCUGCUCGCCACGCCCAACCCAGAGACCUAAAAGACCCAGAGAGACGGGGGCUGGACUGAGAUCAGUCAGAGUGUGUCACCGCAGAGGAGGACAGAGCAGCUGCUGCUUCCUAAUAUAUCAUCACUCCUCACACAGGCCUGAACUGCCAUCUUUCUUCAUCUGUUUCCUGCCAUCCAGACAUGACUGAACACACCUUUAUCUCUUCAUGACAGACAGCACCAGCACACUCUGCUGUACGCCGUCCUCCCAUGUAUCUGUCGUAGAGGUGUUAGCUGCUUCCUGCUGACGAGGCUUGGACAUUCGUCUUUAAGUCUUCUUAGCGUCUAUUGUUGUUGUGUUUGCUGUGUACAACACAAAAACCUGCUCAGAAGUACAUGACGGUGGAUUUUGCAAACUUUUCUGUGAUGUACAACUUCACUAUCUGACUCUCCAACCAGGGGUGCAGCUCUCUGACAUAUGUCAUAACACUUAGCGUGGGUGUAAAUACUCUAGACUUUCUUUAACUUCUGGGGGUGUCAGAAUUUUGUUAAAGAAGCAGACCCUGAAGCUGAAACACAGUAUGCUAUGCAGUGGGGGAGCAUUUUGAAACAUUAUUUUUAGAGACAAAGGUUAAUUUGACCAACAGUUAAUUAGCUGUUAUCAGGAUCAGGAUCAGUGUAAAACCAGAACAAACAGGCCUUUAAUCAGGAAGCUGUUGAAUCUGGCCUGGAGCCAGCUAUAUUUAUAUCUUAUUUAUGUUGUCAAGAAACAUAAUCAGUAAAAAAUCCAGAGGCAUUUUGAAGUAUUAAGCUGAAUAUAGUUAAAUUGGGUUGAGAUGAGAUGGCAUGGAGUAAACCCUCUCUGCAUGUCUAGAGGUGUUGAAGGGCUUGUUCUCUCUCUUUCCUUAGAAGCUUCUAAUUAUUAAUACCUCUCUAGAUGACCAGUCUCAGCUCUAACUGAACAGACGGGUACCUCAAGCUGUGUAACCAGGCUCAUAUAUUUUUGUCAGGAUGUUUUGUUGAUGUUGGAGAAAGGGCCUGAUGACGAUGCUCCAUGAAGAGGGCACUGGAGCUUCAGACAGACCCCCGACUCCUCCUGGUCCCAGAGGAUCCCUGUCUUCCUCCUCACUCUAAGCAUGGGAUGGUGUUUGAGGGUGUGGAGGACUUGGGGUUUUGAUGUGGAAUCUGAUGAAGUGGAGUUCUUGCAGGACUGAUGAAGGACUCUUUGCUGACACGUCCUCUAUCAGCCUUUGAUAGUUUUUAUUUCCUCUGUAUGUUGCCCUCAACAAAUCCUAACACUUAUACACUGAUUAUUACUAUCACUAUGAUUAACUUGGCUCGAGUCAUAUAAUGUCUGACACUAAUGAGUAUGAUGCUGUUAACUCUAUAGCCUGAUUUCAUGUCAAAUAAAACUGGUUCAAUUCA